UAUGUUCCUUUCGUUUUCAUUUCCCGGAAGGGUCGAAUGUGAAAAUAGACUUUUUAUUCCUUCGCGACUUUUAUUUAAAUCAUCAGUUCAAAUCGGGGAGUUUUGACCUGAGGUUCACUCCAGCUUUUGCACACGUUAUGCGUCUGCUUAUGGGGAGAUCAUUUUUACUUCUGUGUGCAAUCGAAUAGAUAAAAUACAUGGAGGACAUUUCCCCGUCACCUUUGAUCAAGCAAGAGAACAGAGAAAGCAGUCUUUCACCCACGAUGCCGGGAAGACAGAUCCCUGAUCCUCCCAUCGGACAUCACUCCCCUCCAAUCCAGGCCCCUUUGGUCAGUCCUCCCAGUCAGGAAGACUUGUGGCAUCUACCUGGACGUUUGCGGAUAAACCCAUCUCUGUGGGAUAAGGAGGAUGUCGCCCACUGGCUUCACUGGGCCCAGAAGGAGUACUCACUGCGAAAGCCAGAGAAGGGACGCUUUGAGAUGAACGGCAGAGCCUUGUGCCUGCUCACCAAGGAAGACUUCAGACGCCGCUGCCCCAGCUCAGGCGAUGUUCUGUACGAGAUCCUUCAGUGUGUAAAACAGCAAAGGAGGAUUGUUGUCUGUGACCCCCCUGUUACGUCUCCCUCUGUGGCAACUGGACACACUCAGGGUCCAGUCAGCAGCCAGAUUCCCACUUUCACCAUCCAGGAGCCGCAGUCACUUAAAGGCAAUGACGCCACAGUUUCCCACACUUUUGUCACUGCUGCAGUGCCGACAAUUGUCGUAGCCACUGUGAGCAGCCAGCCGGAUCUAAGGUCACCCCUCACAGAUAAGCCCACCUUUCACACUUACCCUGCUCCAGUCACACACAAUAACGGAUCAACAGUGGUUUCAGCAUUGCCCCAGAAUAAAGACCAAGCUCCUCCCCAAACAGAGAGCAUCCUCAGUGAGCCGCUCAACCUGUCCAGUCGGGAGAAGCCGAGGAGUCCAUUGCAAAAAGCCAAUGGUCGCAUCCCAGAAUGCAGACUGCUUUGGGACUACGUGUAUCAAUUGCUGUGUGAUGACCGUUACCAAGAAUACAUUCGGUGGGAAGACCCGGAGAGCCUGGUGUUCAGGGUGGUGGACCCAAAUGGACUGGCCCGCCUCUGGGGAAACCACAAGAACAGGGAAAACAUGACCUAUGAGAAGAUGUCCCGUGCUUUGCGGCACUACUACAAGCUCAACAUCAUCAAAAAAGAGCGAGGACAAAAACUCCUCUUCAGGUUUCUGAAACUCCCCCAAGACAUCAAGAAACAGCAGGUCGAUGCUGCCGUGUCCCCAGAACACAGUCCACCUCAGGAUGGAGACUUUCCAGAGAGCAGUCCCAUACGUGACAUCAGUGAGGACCAUUUUGAGGUGUCUCCUGAUCGGUCUUCUCCACCACCUCCUCUUGCUGGUGCUCCAGUGAGAUAGAAAAAAUAGGAAAACAGUGGGCGGAACGUCCAACAUGUACAACAGCACAGAUUAUAACAAACUAAAUAGGAAAUUGUGGGCAUUUACUGUAUCUUGCGGUUUCAGCUUCCAGAAAUAAUCCAAGCAUGUACAAGGUUACCAAAAUGCACUAUUAAUAUGUAUUGCUCAAGUUUUGCACUAUGAGAUCGCUUUUCAUUUUGUUGUGAAUCAAUGUGUGUUUAAGUGGGAUCUGGGGCAACACUAGCGUUAAGAGACGUGGAAAACUGUGAAAGGAAAUACACCAAUGUUCAACCAGCUAUCAAAAGUCAAAAGUCUCAGCAUAACUGCAGCUCACAAGCCUUGCAGGCUCCAGUUUUAUUAUUAAAUGUCCAUGUUCUUUGUGUUAUUUCACAAAUAAUUAGCAUUAUUAGCCAAAAGAUGGUGUAUUAGAUGGUAAAUACGAGGUAUUUGCUUUUUUUGUGACUUGUUUUUCUGCAUUGUAAAAUAAAUAUUUGAUGUGUUAUAGGAA